AUGCAGCUUUCAGUGCUUUUCAGUGCACUUCGUCACCCACGCCAGGAGCUAUCUCGAAACGUUCCUAUGCUACAAUAUAUCGCUCAGAUAAAAGAGAGUAAGAAGCGCGAGGAGCUUGAGGAGGACGUCGUGGAAUAUUUUAUUCCGCACUGCGGAACAGAGUGCCUUGCUGAAGGGAGGAAGCGCGAGCUUCAGUCGGGUGUCGACAACUAUGAUGACCCCGACGAUAAGCGCGAGCUGCAGUCGGGUGUCGAUGACUAUGAUGACCUCGACAACAAGCGCGAGCUGCAGUCGGGUGUCGAUGACUAUGAUGACCCCGACGAUAAGCGUGAGCUGCAGUCGGGUGUCGAGGACUAUGUGUAA